UCAGUGAUGAUAGAUCUGUCACUCCCAGGAUGCUGCCAAUUUUCUCUCUCUGCUUGGGUUGUCCCUCCUCGCUGGGAAGUGGGACCUGUCAAACUGGAAAGCUCCUGUAGUGCACACCUCCGGCUGUAAGGGCGCGGCCUGGGGCAGGAGGAGAGCGGCCGGCCGGCCGGAGUGAGGGGUUGGGUAUCAGCGAGGCGAGGGACUCUCUGAAAGUGACGGGCAGGCCCGCUACUGCCCCGCUCCCGAGUUCGGUAACUUUAUACAGUAUUUACAGCUUAGCCGGCUCCAGCGUGCGAGCUCUGCCCGGGAGCCGGCCGAUGGCGAGCGACGAGUGGAGCAGGAUCGAGCGGGUGAUCCGGGCGGGCCUGGGCCGCCUCCGGGACCGCUACCUGCGCAGCGCCGGAGGCCGGCCGGAGGAGAGCCCCCCGCCGGAGGAGGCCCGGAGGAGUGGCGCGGCGUCGCUGAACAGCCUGCCGGAAGAGUUACAACUUUACAUCGUGGCUUUGCUGUCCCCCAGAGACCUGUGUCAGCUGGGGGGUGUCAGUCACUACUGGAACACCAUGGUCCGCGACCCACUGCUGUGGCACUACCUCUUACUGCGAGAUCUCCCUCACUGGAAAUCUGUCGACUACCUGUCUCUACCCAACGCGGCCCUGCUCACCAAACCACUCACAGAUACAACGCAGCAGGAUUAUAUGGCAGCGUACGUGAGGAGCUGUCCUGAGGGCAGAAAGCACUGGAAAGUGAGAAACCCAGUCUACAGCUCUGUCAGUUCCUUCCUCUACUCCCUGGUGUCCCAGGCAGAGCCUCGCUUUGCCAUGUUCGGGCCUGGUCUGGAGCAGCUAGAUACCUCACUGGUGACGAAGAUGAUGAAUUCACCAAGGCUGCUGCCUGUGGCAGGCUUACCACAGAGGCAGAUUGACGAAAUUGGCUCGGGAAUCAGCUUCUUUUUCAACAAAGAACUCAAGUUCAACAUCCUGACUUUAUAUUCAACAACUUGGAAGGAAAGAGAAAGCGCGCGAAGAGUGGAAAACACGGCUGUCAAUAAACUGUUUGUGCAACAAGAGCUUGCCGAUGCGGAGCAAGGUGAUGGGGAGAGCACCCGGCAGAGGGGGACUUUUUACAGCACCAUCCCUCAGGUGCAGCAGGUGUGCAGGAUAGUGGAUGGCUUCGUCUACGUGGCAAACGCUGAGGCACAGAGAGAGCACAAUCGUGGAGAGGAAAUCCUCCAGCUCCAGGCAAUGAUCAAUCCAGCUCUUGGUCCCCCAGGCCGCCCACUCCUUGUAUUGUGCUGUGUUUCGCGACCUGACGUCCAACGGAUACCCUGUGUCUACGUAUCUCACCAGUUACGGUUAUCCCAACUUGAAGUGCCUUGGCUGGCACAGGACUCCGAGGCAGAGACGCUGGAUGGAUUUCUAGAGGGCAUCGAAUGGAUUCUUCGGGAACUUGGGAGACUGUGAGUUCUGUGAGGGACAGCUGGACCGUAAUGAGGAAUGGAGUUAGAUCCAGGAUCUCAUCUCUCCUCCAGCUCGUCAGAAGAAACCGCUGUUGACACUGUACCAGGGAAGUGGGUACAGAUACUACUGAUCACAAAUCGGUCUGUAUGUGGACUCACUAUGCUGUUGUGUUAGCUUAUAACCAUUGAUAAAUACCUCUGGCUGGAUUUCGGUCAAGUUUCAAGAAAGAUUAAUGUCAUUCACAAGCGUAAAGGAGAAUUAAAUAAUUGUUACUCCAGAUCUGAUGGAGCUCAAAAAAGCACAAUGAGAUAAAUAACACAAUAAUAACAAAAACACUAUAAAUAUAAGUACAAGAUAGUUAUAUACACAAAUUGAUUCUAUGUCUAUAGAGUGACACCAGCCACAGGAGUGUCUGUACAUAAGGUGACUUUGACAGGAAAUGAUAAGGUAGCGGUGGAUGGGUGGGUCAGGGGGUGGAGAUGUUACUGCCUUACUGCCCAUCUUUUGGGAUUUAUUCCUUUCAUCUGCAAUUAGUGAUGAGCACUACCAACUCAUUAUAUGAUAUAAUACGUUCCCAUGGAAUUGUGGCAAUAUGCCUGAUCUCUCUAGUCAUGGGAAAGCAAUUGAACAAAAGGGGAGAUGAACACCUGUAUUUAACCAAUGAAUCGUAGUCACUAGAUUACCAUGACCUUCACCACAAGUUACUAUCUGUUCCAUAUCCAUGUCCCUGAGGUCUUGUGGAGAUCUGGGACCCCAUGAUUACCUCCAGAUCUGUGACCCUAGGACAUCAAGCGGAGAGUCCGUCCAUCCUUGUCCCUGUGGCUCUCUGACACAAAGGACAGAGUCACUGUGUUCACUUCUCUGACCCCAUGGUGACACUGUCCCUGUCUCCAUGUCCAGCUCACAAUCAGGUUUAAUAUCACUGACACAUAGAGUCAUAGAAAAGUACAGCACCGAAACAGGCCCUUUGGCCCAUCUAGUCUGUGCUGAACCACUUAAGCUGCCUACUCCCAUCAUCCUGCACCGGGACCACAGUCCUCCAUACCUCUACCAUCCAUGUACCUAUCCAAACUUCUCUUUGGCAUUGAAAUCGAGACUGCAUCCACCACUUGCGUUGGCAGCUCAUUCCACACUCUCACUACCCUCUGAGUGAAGAAGUUUCCCCUCAUGUUCCCCUUAAACCUUUCACCUUUCACCCUUAACCCAUGACUUCUAGUGCAGUCCCACCCAACCUCAGUGGGAAAAAAGCCCGCUUGCAUUUACCCUACAAACACCCCUCAUAAUUUUAUAUACCUCUAUCAAAUCUCUCCUCAAUCUUCUUUCUAAGUUCCCAGUAAUAAAGUCCCAACCUAUUCAAUCUCUUUAUAACUCAGGUCCUCCAUCCCUGGCAUCAUCCUUGUGAGUUUCCUCUGUAGGUAGAACAUCUCCUCAGCACCUACCUCAUCAACCCCGUCAGAAUGUUGUAUACUUCAAGGUCACCUCUCAUUUGAGUAAACUUCAAUAUGUUCCUCAACAAUUCUGCAUAAAACAACUCUCUUUCCACUCAAAAGCUGUUGGCCACAUCUAUACUGACCAUUCUCGGUCAAACCAACAAGUGCCAAUAUAUUUAAAUGUAGUAAUUAUGUAAUUUUUUUUCUAAGACUAUCUAACUCUAAUUAAAGCACUGUUUCUAAUUUACUAAGGAAGUCUGCAUCUAGGACUAAGAGCUAUGGUUUCACACUCUUGUCGUAAAAUUUGUUGUUUAAUAGCAGCAGUGCAGUGCAAUACAUUAAAAACUAUAAAUUACAAGAAGGACCAUACAUAUAAAUAUUUAAAUCAACUAAGUAGGGCAGAAAGAGCAAAAAAAAUGGCGAGAUAGUCAGUGUUCAUGGGUUCAAUGUCCAUUCUGAAAUCUGACGUUGGAGGGUAAGAAGACGUUCCUGAAACAUUGAGUGUGUGACUCCUGUACCUCUCCCUGAUGGUAGUAAUGAGAAGAGGGCAUGUCCAGGGUGCUGGGGUCCUUCAUGAUGGAUGCUGCCUUUUGAAGGUGUCCUCGAUGGUGGGGAGGCUGGUGCCCACGAUGGAGCCGGCUGAGUUUACAACCUUCUGCAGCCUUCUCUGAUCCUGUGCAGUGACCCCUCCAAAUCAGACCAGUGGUGUCUGUGGUCACAGCCAUUUCUGUGACCUCAUAUCAACACCGAUGCAGUGUUUUUAAUAUUCAGUAAUACUUGAGUAAUAUUGUAAAUAUAUCAUUGAUUAAACAUGCUUUGUUUACCCAGUUCAUUACGAGUUAUGUGUAAGAAAUAUGUGAAUGGCAUACAUCAUUACUCGACCACGCCAUCUGUGAGAACCUCACUAAAGUAAAGCCAAGUGCACGAAUAUCCCCGGGUUCCCAACCUUUACUUGUGAUUAAUUUCAGGAGUUACAAAACAUAACAAUGGGGAGUCUGUGUCCAGGAUGGGAUGACAGGUGGGGCAGUGUCCCAUCUCCGUGUCCGAGUACGGGAUGACAGGUGGGGCAGUGUCCCAUCUCCGUGUCCGAGUACGGGAUGACAGGUGGGGCAGUGUCCCAUCUCCGUGUCCCAGUACGGGAUGACAGGUGGGGCAGUGUCCCAUCUCCGUGUCCGAGUACGGGAUGACAGGUGGGGCAGUGUCCCAAAUCCAGGUAAUUAAAAGGUGUUUUUUUCCUCCUCAAUUUCUGAUGCACAAUUUCUGUAUCGAUGUGGUUUAUCAACGUCUCUUUAAAUUUACACUAAAAUAUAUCUCGAAAAUGAAUUAAGGGGGAAGCAACUCUUCAGUUUUUCCAAAGUUUUGUAAUUUUGGGAGGAUAGAGAUUAGAUUUUUUUGUCGUACAUACAUUAAAACAUAGGAGCAGAAAAGGCCCCUUUUAUUCCCACUUGCUGCCUCCUGUCUGUCAGCCAUUCCUCUAUCCACGCCAGUAUCUUUCCUGUAACACCACAGGAUUUUAUCUUGUUAAGCAACGUCAUGUAUGGCACCUUAUCAAACACCUUCUGAACAUCCAAGAAAGUUUCAUCCACUGCCUCUCCUUUGUUCACCCUGCUUGUUACUUCUUUGAAGAACUCUAACAGAUUUGUCAGGCAAGAUUUCCCUUCACAGAAACCAUGCUGACUUUUACUUAUUUUAUCUUUAGUCUCCAAGUACCCAAAACCUCAUCCUUAAUAAUCAACUCCAACACUUUCCCAACCACUGAGGUUAGGCUAACUGGCCUAUAAUUUCCUUUCUUUUUCCUUCGUGGAGGACAUUUGCAAUCUUCUAGUCCUCUGGGACUAUGCCAGAAUCAAGUGAUUCUUGGAAGAUCAUGACCAAUGCAUCUGUUAUUUCUUCAGUGACUUAUCCACCUUAAGACCUUUCAGUUUGCCUUGCACAUUUUCCUUUGUAAUACCAAUUGUACUCACUCCUGCUCCCAGAAACUCUUGGACCUCUGGCACAGUGCUAGUGUCUCCCUGCUUUAUAUUAUUGGCUAGUCUGCCCUGAUAUUUCAUCUUUUCCCUUCUUAUAGUUUUUUUUAAAAGUUGCCUUUUGUUGGAUUUUAAAAGCUUCUCAAUCCAACUUCUCACUCAUUUUUUUUCUACCUUGUAUACCCUUGCCUUGGCUUUUAAGCAGUCCUUAAAUUCCUUUGUCAGCCAUGGUGGCCUCCCCCUGCCAUUUGAGAACAUUUUCCUCUGUGGGACAUAUCUACCCUGCACAUUGUGAACUCUUCCCAGAAACUUCAGCCAUCUCUGCUCUGCUGUCAUCCCUGCCAGUAUCAUUCUUCAAUCCACCCCUGGGCAAGCUCCUCUCUCAUGCCUCUGUAAUUCCCUUUAUUCCAUUGCGAUACAAUACAUGUGAGCUAUGCUUCUCCCUCUCAAAUUGCAGUACGAAUUCCAUCAUUAUCAUGAUCACUGCCUCCUAAGGGUUCCUUUACAUUAAGCUCCCUAAUGAGAUACUGUAUAGGUCAUUAUACAACACCCAAUCUAAAAAGCAUUUCCCCAAGUAGGCUCAAGUAUAAGCUGCUCUAAAAAGCCAUCUUGUAGGUGUUCAACAAAUUCCCUCUCUUGCAAUCCCACGCCAACCUGAUUUUCCCCAAUCCCCUUGAAUAUUGGAGACCCCAUUACCGUUGUGUCAUUACCCUUAUCACAUGCCUUCUCCAGCUCCUUUUGCAAUCUCAACCCCACAUCUUGGCUACUAUUUGGAGGCCAUAAUUUUUUUUUCACCUUUGCAAUUUCUUAACUCCACCCACAAAGAUUCAACAUUCUCCUACCCGAUGUCACCUCUUUCUAAAGAUGUAAUUCCACCUCUUACCAACAGAGCCACAUCACUGCCUUUGCCUUCCUGCCCGUCCUUUCGAUAUAAAGUACAUCUUUGAUGUUAACAUAGCAAUAAAGGAGGCCAUCGAUAGACCAUAGACCAUGGACAUGUCAGAAUGGGAAGUUGACAUGUCUAUGGCCUUCUCCCAAAAGGUAGCAAUGCAGGUAGGGUGAUAAUGAAGGCAUACCAAAUCAAAAUCAAAUCAAGUUUAAUUGUCAUUCAAACCUGACAGGGAUACAACCAAACAAAACAGCAUUCCUCUGGGCUAAGGUACAAAAACACACACGUGCAUUCAAAAUAGCGAGAAAGAAAAGAUCGUCACGCAAGAAAACACAUUUUUUUAGUCGGAGACCCUGAGCGACAUCCUGCAAAUUGAUGGUUCCGGGCGAUCCAGCCUGUCAUUCCAUCAUUCGAACACUGGAGGGCAGCAGCAGCAGGAGAGCCACCCCAACCGAGCACGGAUGCCGCACGACUCCGGCCUCCGGCAUUUCCUCAGCAGCUUGGGGCCCAGCUCUCACUACAACCAAGGCUACUCUGCUGCCUAUCUCACCACCAAACAAGGGAAAUGGGCCUGCAGCAAUCAAGAAUUCAAGAAAUAGGAGCAGGAGUCGGCCAUCUGGCCUGUUGAGCCUGCUCCGCCAUUCAAUAAGAUCAUGGCUGAUCUGACCAUGGACUCAUCUCCACCUACCUGACUUUUCCCCAUAACCCUUAAUUCCCCUACUGUACAAAAAUCCAUCCAAACGUCUCUGAAAUAUAUUUACUGAGAUAGCUUCGUUGGGCAGAGAAUUCCACAGAUUCACCACUCUCUGGGAAAAGCAGUUCCUUCUCAUCUCUGUCCUAAAUCUACUCCCCCAAAUCUUGAGGCUACGUCCCCUAGUUCUAGUCUCAUCUACCAAUGGAAACAACUUUCCUGCCUCUAUCUUACCUAUCCCUUUUGUAAUUUCAUAUGUUUCUAUAAGAUCUCCUCUCAUUCUUCUGAAUUCCAGCGAGUUCAGUCCCAGGUGACUCAAUCCCUCCUCAUCGUUUAACCCCUCAUCUCUGGAAUCAACCUGGUGAACCUCCUCUGCACCACCUCCAAAGCCAGUAAAUCCUUCCUCAAGUAAGGAGACCAGAACUGCACACAGUACUCCAGGUGCGGCCUCAACAGGACUCUGUACAGUUGCAUCAUAACCUCUCUGCUUUUAAAUUCAGUGUCUAACAGGGUCUUGUGAUGGGGAGAGAAACCCAAGAGUCACUCCCAGUUUCACUGCACGCUGCCUGUGAUGGUGGUGGAAGAUGAGGGACGGUCCGGAGCGGGUGGAGUCUUUGAUGUUGGCCACUUUACCGAGACAGUGGCAAAUUAUGCUGAACAGAUUCUUUAACCGACCAGAUACACAAAAGCAGGACAUGGGCAUCUCUUCAUACAUUUAAGGUUCACGUAGAAUCAUAGAACACUGCAGCACAGAAACAGGCCCUUCAGCCCAUCUAGUCUAUGCCAAACUAUCAAUCUGCCUAGUCCCAUCGUCCUGCACCCAGACCAUAGCCCCUUAUAACCUUCCCGUCCAUGUACCCAUCCAAAUAUCUCUUACAUGUUGAAAUCAACCCCACAUCCACCAUUAAUGCAAAUGCAGGCAGCUCGUUCCACACUCUCACCACCCUCUGAAUGGAGUUCCCCUCAUGUUCUUAAACAUUUCAUCAUUAAUCCAUGACCUCUGGUUGUCGUCUCACCCAACCUCAGAGGUAAAAGCCUACUUGUAUUUACUACUUGUAAAUUAUGCCCUUCAUAAUUUUGUAUAAUUUGAUCAAAUCUCCACUUACUCUUCAAUGCUCAGUUCAAUGAAGUCUAAACCUAUUAAACCUUUCCCUAUAACUCUGGUCCUCAAGUCCCAGCAACAUCCUUCUAAAUUUUCACUACAUUUUUUAUAUCUUUCCUGCCGGUAGAUGACCAGAACUACACACAAUACUCCAAAUUAGGCCUCACCAAUGUCUCAUACAAUUCAAGAUAACAUUCAAAUCAUGGUACUCAAUACUUUUGAUUUAUGAAGGCCAAUGUGCCAAAUAGAGUUACAAGAAAAAAAAUCAUGUAGAUCCGAAAUACCCUUUCUUAAUGAGAUGACAAUACAGAAUAUUUUUAGAUGUUGUUAUAACCACACAUAGCCUCAUGGUGGCGACAUGGUACCUAUGAUGAGAAUGGGUUUGGCAGUAAUUGGCCUGGGGUAAACGAAUGCAAUUUCAAGCUCCUGGGUGUCAAGAUCUCUGAGGAUCUAACCUGGACACUAUAUAUUGAUACAGUUAUAAAGAAGGCAAGACAGCAGCUAAAUUUCAUUAGGAGUUUGAGGAGAUUUGGUUUGUAACCUAAAAUACUUGAAAACUUCUACAGAUAUACUGUGGAAAGCAUUCUGACAGGCUGCAUCACUGGCUGGUAUGGAGGGGUUACUGCACAGGACCGAAAGAAGCUGCAGAAAGUUGUAAA